CUCUGCAGGAGCUCCAGGGAAAGACUCCAAGGCAAAUCCCGUUGUUGCCUCUGAAAUCGGUGAAAGCAACGAGGAACCGUCAGGUGGGCAGCAUGUCCAGCUCCUUGCGGGUGAGCCCUUCCAUCCAUGGCUGUCGAUUUGACACAGCCUUGCGCAAGAAAGCAAUGGCAGACAUCUUUGAAAGCAUGGAUCAAGAGUCACUGCAGAAGCUCUUCAGGGACUCAGGGGACCGGAAAGCAGAGGAAAGGGCCAAGAUCAUCCUGGCCACCGACCAGGACCUGGGGGAGAAAGCAAGGUCGCUCAUGGCUUUGAAGCAGAGGACAAGAGAGAAACUCUUCCAGUUCCUGAAGUUUGGUAAACACUCCAUCAAAGUCCAUUGAAGCUCCUUUAAAAGAGAGGACGGGAUGAAAGGAACAAAGUUAUUCAGCCAGACUCCUCAAUUUUGAACAAGAGCACCUCCAGCUGCUUUGAAACUGGUGUGGCAAGAGAUACUGGCGACAUCAGUCAGGGGGAUUCACCCCCAUUUUUGCGCACUUCAAAGUUCACAGCAAAAGACUUCCUGGGUUGACUCAAAAUUGCAAACUGGAGUGAGUAAGGGAAUUGGCCCGUGAACAAGAGAGAAAUCCAGCCACAAGUCACAGGGAUGGAGCAGGCGGUGAAACAGUCACAGGAUCAGACUCACCUUUUCCUGGGUAAUGAGAGACUAGAUCAUUUUCCUUCUUAGCUGUCUGUUUGGCAAUCUGUCCUGAGACUUCUUUAUUGAAUGUGCAAAGCCUUCCAUAAGCCUCCCUGCUUUCUCCUGGAACAAAAGGGAUUGGGAAAUGAAUAGUAACUGCCCGUUUGCUUUUGUUGAAAAGACACACCAUCUUAGUGUUUAAAGUAUGUGCAGUUCACAGAGCAAACUUUGUUUCAGGAUGAAUGAAGCAACUCUGUUUGCCUUACUUUUACAAGCAGAAGUGGAUUGUUCAACUAAUUGCACGAAAUGUGUUUUUGUUGUUGUUUUUGUUUAAAUGUAAAGUUUUGUGCUGGACUGAUUGAACAGAAUGAAAGUCUCUUUGGAACACUCUGUUCUUUUUUUUUUCAUCAAUGCCAUUUUUUAAUUUUGCAAAUGUUACACUUUUGGUAAAGAAUUUAACUGACAACCAGCUAUGGUGAUAUUUUAUAAUGAUGCUGUAAGUUAUACUCCCAUUGAUUUAUUGCACAUGCAGAGCAAAUAAAUUAUAAAGUUGGUAUAA